AUGAGACUAUCUCUUAUUACCCUGCUGGCAUAUCUGGUGUGCUACGCCAGUUGCUUCGGUGAUCAUGGGGCGUAUGAGCGAGCACUCUUCUGGUACAUGUAUGAACUAGACGCUGCACUCCACGACAGACCACAGAUCAUUGCGCCAAGAUGCACCAGGGGGAUGCCAAACAGGGUCAAGAAAUGUACUCUCCAGCAAUUUCUCAACUCUUUCGACCGGAGCGAGAAGGCGACGCCGAUCACAGAGGACGUGAGCCGAAAGACUGUCGAUGAGCUGGCGCAAAUACUGCAAAACCAUGGCUACAUUGGGAAGUACGAGGCAAAAUUCCUUUUCAACGGAGUUGAUGAGUCGACGACAGGGAACAUGCCCAAGAUCAUCACAGAGGUAGAGCUGUCCUGA